UCUUUUUGGAUUGGGAUAAUGUACCAAAGGAAACCGGGUUAAGGGUACCAAACCAAUUGAAUAGUUUACAAAAAAAAAAAAAAAAGCUGAACCGGUCUGGUAUGACUCAACGGCGCAUAAGGGUAUUAUUGUCAUUUUUCACUAUCUCUCUGUCACCUGCUCGACGCCGCCUUUCUUCUUCUCUGCAAACAUUUCUCACGAGUCCCAACUCCGAUAUUCGUAACUCUCAGUUUCAUCGGUGUUUCGAUCAAUAGCUAAAUCUCCUUUUGGCGUAUUAAGUUAUACACUCCUCAGUACUCAAGAAUUAUAAAGAGGAGAAGAAAUUGGUAUACUCUAUCGCCGGAGACAUUUCUAUUCAUAUGGAACUUGAUUUAUCUGUUCUAGGUCGUUCUUUCAUUGCCACCAGGAGGAACUCAAGUCUCACGCGACUAUGUAUCCAAAGUUCGAAUUUUUCACUAAGACUUCUUCAGAGAAACAAGCAGCGCCCACUCUGUAUCUUGACUAAUCUCUCAAGUUCCAGUUUUAUUAGAUUCCGAAAGGGAUGUGACUUUAGCCAUAGAAAUCAGUUUGUUGUGUUGAGUGCGACUGAAGAUCAUGUGGGUAGUAGUCAGAAACAUUCCGAUUCCAGCGAAAAACUCGAUUCGAUUAGGAUUUUGCUGAAACGGGGAAUCGUAUUAGGGGCAGUGGUGUGUGGAGUUUUGUUGUAUGGAUGUGGUAAAGUAUUAGCAUCAACAAAUGUGGUGGAUGUGGCUUUUAGUAAGAGUGUAUUGUUGUUGAAGAAUGCUUGGCCAAAAACUUCUCAGGUUCUUAAGGUUCUUAGAGAGCAAGGUCUAAUAUUAGCUGUGCUUCUCGGUUUAUCAGCAUUCUUCUCCAUGGCAGAGACUUCCAUCACCACUCUCUGGCCGUGGAAGGUGCGCGAGUUGGCUGAAAAAGAGCCUGAAAAUGGCGUUUUCAGGAUGCUCCGUAGUGAUGUUACCAGAUUCUUGACAACCAUACUUAUUGGAACAACUGUUGUGAAUAUUGCGGCGACUGCCUUGGUCACUAAAGCGGCAACAGCUAUUUUUGGUGAAGCUGGUGUUAGUGCAGCCACAGGAGUGAUGACGGUAGUCAUAUUACUCCUGACUGAAAUAACUCCAAAAAGUGUAGCGGUUCACAAUGCUCAAGAGGUUGCAAGGAUUGUGGUCAGACCAGUGGCUUGGCUUUCCUUGAUAUUAUAUCCUGUUGGAAGAGUAGUGACAUAUCUUUCGAUGGGAAUUCUGAAAAUUCUUGGUUUGAAAGGACGGAGUGAGCCAUAUGUUACUGAAGAUGAAUUGAAACUAAUGCUACGCGGAGCAGAAUUAAGUGGAGCUAUAGAAGAGGAAGAGCAGGAUAUGAUUGAAAAUGUGUUAGAGAUAAAGGAUACGCAUGUUCGAGAGGUGAUGACUCCUCUUGUUGAUGUAGUUGCAAUAGAUGGCAGCGGCAGCCUGGUUGAUACGAGACCACAGAUGGUGCACUUUUGUGGAAUGAAUUUAUAUGUUUCUUCUGUUUUGCAGGGUAAAUUGCUUGAAAGUACCACUGUGGUGGACAUGGCUCAUAAACCUGCAUUCUUUGUCCCUGAUUCGAUGUCAGUUUGGAAUCUUCUUAGAGAGUUUAGAAUAAGAAAGGUUCACAUGGCAGUUGUUCUUAAUGAAUACGGUGGAACCAUCGGAAUAGUAACUCUUGAAGAUGUGGUCGAAGAGAUUGUUGGUGAAAUAUUUGAUGAAAACGAUUCAAAGGAGGAAAUUCAGAAGAAAACGGGUUAUAUCGUGAUGAGAGCAGAGGGGAUAUAUGAUGUUGAUGCCAACACUUCGAUAGACCAGUUAUCUGAAGAACUCAACAUAAAGAUGGCAGAGGGCCAUCAGUAUGAGACAGUCUCAGGUUUUGUCUGUGAGGCCUUUGGGUAUAUCCCAAAGACAGGUGAGAGUGUGACGGUAGUUCUUGAAAAGGAAAACUGGGAAGAGAAUGAUGAACAAGACGAGGGUAAGCAGGAGCGUCAAGAUCAGAAGGAGAAGCACCAAAUUUAUAGACUAGAGGUACUAGCAGGGAAUGCCAGAAAAGUGAGUGCAGUCCGGUUCGAACGAGUUAAUGAUAUGGAUCAAGUGUCAGAGGCCCGGGAUGUGAAAAACAUGGUUCCCAAGUUCGUAAGAAAAUGGAGCAGUGAGGAAGAUUCCGAUGGUAAUCUCCAAGCCAAGAAUGCCGUCUUUGAUGAGCAUCUAAUUGCUGAAACUGAAAGUAUGAAGAAAGAAUAAUGAUAAAAGAGGAGGAAAGAGGCAGAGGGGAAAUAAAGGAUGAACAAUUGUAAGUUUUAAUUGCAUGUAUAGAAAGACUCGUUAAAACUCUGCUUUUUCAUUUUCAGAUUCAUUGGUUGGUAAAAAAACUGAUUCGUGUUACAAUCAAUGAUUCAGGUUGAUGCAGCUCUUUAACUAA